GCUCUCAGGACGGGAAACAAUUAGUAACUUAACAAAAGAAUAAUCUCAGUUGGUCCAGUUUCUGCACGCUAUACUGUAGCAUACUGAGAGAAAAAAGUUUUCAGCCAUCAAUUUAUCUGAUUUGACAUGUUUAUCUUGUGUUAAGUUAAUUGUAACUAUCAUUAUCAAUAUUUUUAUAUACCCGAGACUGUAACCGAGGGUAAAACUGCGGCAGUCACAGCAUGUUCCCGAGCAUGUUUCAUGUUUCGUGAUUUGAACCAUAUACCCCUCCAAAAACCAUCUCAUUCCGGCUUGGUCCGGUAUUGUUGCACGGCUUUCAGACAGAAGAAGAUCUCUCUCAUUUCGGGCUCAGCCCAGCGAGCAGGCUUGGGGGACAACAAACAUCAUUUGUAAUCUCGCUGACCAAAGGACUAGUCCCUCCCUCUGUGAAGCUCCGUUGAGAUGGCUCGCUCAGGGGCGGCGGCGGCGGCGUCGGCGUCGAUCCGAUGUUGGAUGAGCUCAGGAACAAAGGGACUCGCGUCUACGGGAUGGACUGUGGUGACGGUGACGAGCAGACAGUACUCUGGUUUUCCAAGUUUUUCCUCCAAAUGGACCCCAGGGCGAACUCUCUCGCGAUGGCCACUCGCAUCAGCCUCUCCUGACCAAAGCCCAUUGCAGGUUUCCACAGCUGGUGAUGUGAAGACAGGUAAUGCCGACGAACUUCAUCGGCUCCUCGUGGCACACAAAUUUGACUAUAUCCGCUUUGAGCAAAGUGACAUGCACGGACUGGCCAAGUGCAAACUGGUCCCGAUAACCAACGUCAAGGGCAAGAUGACUAAAGGCAUCAACUUCUCUUUGAGUCACAUGAUCCGAGAUCCGCACGGAACAAAGGUUCGUGGGACAGGUCUGUGGUACGAGAAGGGGAUGGGAGAUGGGGUCGGAGUGCCGGAUCUAUCGUCCUUUAGGGUGUUGCCUUGGUGUGAUGGUGCUGCCAGGAUCAUCGUGGAUCUCACUGUGGAUGGCGAACCUUUGGACGCUCAUCCUCGGAACAUCGCGCGACGGCAGGUCGAGGAGUUGGAUUCCAUGGGGAUAUCGCUCUUGGCUGCUCACGAGUUUGAGUUCGUGGUGGAGGAUGAGAAGACUCGAAUGCCAAUCUUUGAUGGCCUGAACUGCGGUUACCUGAUGAACAUUUCCCGCGCAGAGCCCCUCGUUCAGCAGUUCACCAGACAUUUGCCGCGGAUGGGACUGAACGUUGAGACCGUGGAGAGUGAAGCAGGGGCAGGCCAACUGGAGAUCACCUACCGACCCACUUCCGGUCUCAGCAUCGGAGAUAACGGCUACACCUUGAAAACUUCUGUUAAAGAGAUCUGCCAGAGACAAGGUUACGUCGCAUCUUUCCGUUCGAAGCAUUCAAAGGACUGUACAUCGUCUUCCCACUUUUGUCACUCUCUCUGGGACCGAAGCAACACGACAUCGCUCCUCUACGAUCCACACCAUCCACAGAUGCUGUCGAAACUUGGACAGCAUUGGUUGGCUGGAUUAAUCCACCACGCCCCUGCUUUGACGCUUCUGAUGUGCCCGACCAUCAACUGCAUCAACCGCCUCGGUACCACACCUGCAACACCCACCACGACAUCCUGGGGCGUGGACAACCGCUCAUGUGCCUUCCGUUUAAGCAAGCUACGUAAGGACGGUAACCCGGACUCCUUGUUCAUAGAAAACCGGAUGGGAGGGGCGGGAAGCAACCCCUACCUCACCAUGGCAGCUACCAUCGCUGCGGGUAUUGAUGGCAUCCGGAACGAGAUCCCUCUCCCCGCUCCAGUCCAGGGCGUGGCUUCCACCGCGAGUGGCACCAAUCAGAAACUCCCAAGAAAUAUGAAGGAAUCUUUGGAUGCCUUCCAUGCUGAUGAUGUCGUACUUCAAGCAAUGGGUAGGGACUUUGUCCAGUGCUUCACUGCCCUUAAGGAGGAGGAGUUACGAUUGCAUCAUAGAGCGGAAGAAAAUGGAGACCAUUCUUGGCAUUACGCAUUUGUGGAGCAUAUUUAAAAGAGACUUAUAUUACAAUUUGUUUACUAUCAUAUAGCAGUACUAAGUUCCCUUUUUUGCUUUUCCAAGCAUCUCGGCAAUAUGAUUACAGCCUUGUGCUCAUCUUUCAGCUGUACACAACAUUAACAAGAAGAAUAGCUUGAGGUGAUUUUUUUUUUCAAUGACGUGUUCUAGACAAGAAAUGGAAAACACAGUAAUGAUUAUAAUAUGUUUCUAAUUCUUUGGUCGUCGACCAGUAUUCUUCAAAUGCCGUUCAGGGAGGGGAUGUUAAGAAUCUUGUUAAUAACACCCCGGCAUUCUCAGAUUAACUAUGAAAAUAAACAAUGAUCUUUAUUCUACAAAUUUAAAUUUUUGAACCAAAUGCAAAUCGAAUAAAAAAAUUAUUUACCUCCAAAUUUUCGACGGGACACUGCAGUCUUCUUCAAGGAUAUUAUGACCCGUCUGAUCACCGCCGGAAGUGACGUAGCGGCGUAGAAUUGGAUCAUGAAGUCUUUGAUUUGUGGAUGUUUCACCAUUUUAGUUUAACUUUCAUUCGAUAAUGUUUAUUCAUGUUCGACUUGGAAUUAUAUGAUUUGAACUUCAUGAUGAGAUAUGAAUUGUCAAAAGAAAGUUUUGCAAUAUCGGUCCUUAAUUUUGUUAUUGAUAUAUCCCUUAAAGGUCAAG